AAAAGACGGAUCGAAAUCUACUUUCAAGCUGCCCACAACAGACCAACGAAUGGCUUUCGUUGUCCAUCAGCAAUCAGUCGGAAAUUGUACGGAUGCACAAGUUGCUGAAACGCGUUACCGUUCAGGUGGUGAAAGAAAUGUGCUAAAGUAGGAGGACUUAAUUGUUAAUUUAAGCACAAUCAAGUAAUAAACGCAAGUGAUAAGCAAAUACAACGGCGAUAAUAGAAAUAAAAACAUUAAAAUACAAAUUAAAAAAUUAAAAACUUUUUAAAAAGUAAAAAAAGUGCAGGUGCAACUGGCGUGCCGAAAUAUAUAUUUUGUGUGUGUAUUUGUGAAGAACGGAAUUUAAGAAAUUAAAUUCGUUUUGUUUGAAUUCUACGUUUAUAAUUGUUUAAGUUUCCUACUUAAAAUGGUGCUAGAAACCAGCGUCGAUCCAAAACCGGAACAGCAGCAGCAGCAGCAACAACGUCAAACAGACGGUGUGGAUGAAGAACCGGAACCGGUGAUCGGAGUUACCACAAGUGGCAGCAUAAUCUUCGAUAAAGCUUACCAAAUGAUGGAGCGAUUCUCAUCGAUGCGCAUCGGACAAUUUGUGUUGGAGCGUGGUGAUCGAGUACUGCGUGUUUUUGAGGACACGGCCAAAUGGAGUUUGCCACAAGACAAGGCCGAUGAAACCUUGGUACGUCCUUUGCCAUGGCUCCCGUUCCUCUUCUUGAUCGUGUUCUUACGUCAGCUACGCAUUUGGCUCUCGCUGGUAGCACUACUGAUCGGUGAUGGUCCAGUGACCGCUAGCAGUCUGGUCUAUUUUAUACAGACGCGUCGUCGCAAAUUGCGCUCCAUACGCAUGCAUGGGCUGAAGGCCAUACAGCAGCGCGAGGAAGAGCGCAAAGCUGCGGAAAGUGAUCAUAACAGUUUAGUGGUGCGAUUGAGUAAAUUAUUCACCACGGCUAUGUGCCGACCGCGCAUACAUUGUGAACCAGCAGGUGUGGUGUUUUCGGCGAACAACCCUGCUAUGCAGGAAUUGCUAAGGCCCAUCGAAUCACCACGUUUCAGAUUUAAUAAACGUCAACGUGAGGAUGACAGUCCCGAGGUGGAAUUGAGCUGUUCACAGCUAUUAACCAAAUAUGCCAAUGAGAACUCCGAUGAUGACUCUGAUUAUAUACCGAUACUGGAAGAUGAAGAUACCAAUAAUGAAUCGACUAUAUCCGCUAAUACCUCUAACGAUACGCAAGGUGAAUAUAGCAUGUUUUAUAUUCCCCUAAUUCAGGAUACAAGCGAUGAGAAUGCCAAAGAUCUAAGCUUUACCGAGAAAAAAGAUAUAAAAGACGGUAAAUCACCGAGGGAAAAGAAAGUACCAAUAAUUGAGAUUAAUGCCAAAGAAGCGGGAAGUACUUCGACACCCAAUAAUGAGCAUAACGAUAAGAAAGGGCAGGCAGCUCAAUCGGUGAAUGAUAAAACAAUAACCAAAUCACCGCAAACACCACACACACCGCUGGAUAAUGGACAGAGUAAAAGUGGCAAAAGCGUUGGGCCGGGAGAAGAGGCGGCAGUCGUACAAACACAGGCCGCGCAUGAGAUCACAAAAUCUCAAAGUGAGAAAUUUUUUACACUUUUAAAUGGUCACAAUGAUGAGCAAAAGAAAGCAACGCCGGGUCAUGAAAGCGCCGCUCACACCAAACCGCACCUACCGCCAUCGUUGCUGGGCAAUGUUGUUGCCAAUGCAAAUCCCAGUGAUGGAACAUACAAAGAUGCUAAUGAUGCUUGUUCUGCUAAUCCAAUUGAUAUCCCAACCAAUAAUCCAGUUCAACCACAACAACUACCACUACCAACAACACAACAACCAUUGUCAUAUUCCUCAACACUCUCGUCUCCAUCCUGCUCCACCACAUCCUCCACCUCCUCGUUAGCUUCGUUUGUGACAAGUGAUGAUUUCGUUGUUGACGACGGUCGUAGUGAUCCGCCGACACCAACGCCUUCACUCAAUACGGCAUCGUCGACAGAGGACAUCUAUCUGAGUCCGUUCGGCUCUCCACCAAACUUCAACACAAUUCAUAAGCCAUUAUCCAGCCAACAGAAUUCCAAUUCGAAAUUUGGUGAAUUAGAAGCAGAUCCAUCCGUUGAAGAUGGUGAUGAACAUUCGCAGCAUGCUCAGCAAUCGAAACCACAUCCCGAGCAUAAGCCACAACACCAACAGCAACAACAUAAACAGUCACACCACCAACGAUACCGCAGAAACCGACGUUGAAAAUCCUGUUAUUUUAUACAUAUCUACGCAUAAACAUAAUACUUUUAACUUAGUUUAAAAUAUAGAACGUCUUUGUAAGCAAAAUGGUUUUAAAAUUGUCUGUUAAAUAAUAUGGAUUUCAAUGUAAUUUUUUACUAUUAAAUGUUAAAUAAAUAAAACUUACGAAAA